CUAUAGCAAAACUCCCGAGAAAGACGACGAACAAUGAUUGUUGUCAUCUUCCUCAGUUUGUUUUCUCCUUCAGACCAGUCCUGUUCGUUAAUGAAGGAGACACGGCCCAUAUUAGCUGCCGCUUCACCGAGACCAUCUCAGCUCACACGAGCUACUGGGUUCGCUUCUUUAAGAAGACCGUGGACGGGACGAUGGUGGUGCUGAAUACCUCCAGUGAAUGCAGUCCAGCUCAUUCUUGUAAAUACAAAAUUACCAAAUUAGAUGAAAAAUCUGUUGAUUUAGCCGUCCAUGAUGCUCAGAAUAACGACUCUGGUGAAUACUAUUGCUCAGAGCACAUGGGUAGCUACCUCAAAUUUCCAGACAAAGGAGUCUUGCUUGUUGUGGGAGGUGAUCCCAGGACAGCAGUAAAUGUGUCUCUCUUUGUCUCCCAGUAUGAUUCAAAUGACAAUGCUGAGCAAAAACAUAUCACUCUGAUUUGCCUGGUGACAAAGAUCUCCACACCCUACCUGUCCUUAAAAUGGUUUAUUAAUGGUACUGUUGCAGCACAGGACUCUGGACUACAAGUGCAAAGGCAAAAUACAAAAGAGUAUGAGGCCAUAGGCCGCCUGACAGUCUCUGAGCAAACAUGGUAUGCUGGUACCGUGUUGUCAUGUGAAGUGCAGCUGUCUUUGAAUUCAGUGUGGCAUAGCAGGAAUGCAACAUAUCAACCCAGCAUAAAUAUGAAAGGGUCCUGCUUUGCAGAGUUUGCAUUUUUCACUGGGGCAGCAGUUGGCCUGUUGUUGCUCGUUUGGUUUGCCAGCUUUGUAUUGACUGAUUACAGAGUGAUUGCAGAAAACAGUGAGGAAAGAAAAAGGAAACUCUCAUCUAGAGAUUCAAAGGGGAACAGUGAUUUGCUCACUUAUGCCCAUCUGGAUUUUGAACCUCAUGGCAGAAACAGACUUCAGCAAAGCAAAGUGAUUUAUCAUGCAAAAUAAGAAUAUUUUAAGAUUAAUUUUAUUCUAUCAAGCUAAAGGCAUUUCUAUGUAUAGUUCUCCUCCUAUGAGCAAUGGUGCAUAUCCUUUCUCUGACACACUAUCAUUAAGUACUUUCAGCCAACAGAUUAUACAGCAGAAGUAUAGCUGGGGCUCCUUCAUGCCUACGUCAAUGCACCUUUAUAAUGCCUCAAUGUGACCGGUCUUGUAUCUUUAGUGAAGUCAAAGGUUUUCUUCUUUUUGUAAUUCUUUGUGUAUAUUUGAAGAGCAUUGUUGUUGUUUGCUAUAACAAUUCUUUUGCUUUUAUAAAAUGCUAAAAUUCACUCUUGGGACAAAUAAAGUAAC